AUGACCCCUCUUCUUUCUCAAGACCCUUCAGAUAUGAUCCUCGCUACACCCCAGAGCCACCAACGUAUACAAAAGGUUAAGGCGGUCCUUCAAAAACAACAAAAUUUGACUCAAGAUCCAAGCGUUGCUCUCGAAAAUGCAGGCAAGGCUAUUGGACUCCUACUGCUAGACAUGCAGCUGGUGGAGCUCUAA